AUGGGAGAUACGAAUCAAGAUGAUAAAAAUACCAAUGAAACGGCCGAUAAUGCACCAGCAAAAAAGAAGGAUUGGACUGCCGCUGAUCUUGUUAAGGUGACAGAAUAUACCGAUGAAAACGACAAUGGAAAGGAAGUAUCCAAUGAAAAGCUUGAUAGCCUAAUUAGUGGACCUCAAGCGAGCAAGAAAGCUGUAAAUAUUAGGAAAGAAGAUGUGCAAAUGAUCAUGGAGGAAUUGGAAUUGCCAAAAAUAAUUGCUGAGAAAAAACUCAUUGAACAUAAUGGUGAUGUAAUUGCUGCCACUCGAGACUUAAUGGGGUUCUAA